AGCGAGCGGCGUACGUGAGGCCGUUCGAGACCGCUAGGGGGCGUGGCGCCGGAGGUGUUGGUGCUGCUCCGGUGGCGGCGGAGUCAUGAGCGAGACGAGCCCGGCCGAGCGAUGCGGAGCGCUCAUUACUUGGCUGCAGAUAUUCCAGGUUCCAUCUCCAUGUGCCACAGAGCAGGAUUUGGCCAGUGGGGUCGCCAUUGCCCAGGUGCUACACAAGAUAGAUCCCGCUUGGUUCAACGAAACCUGGCUUCUGCGGAUUAAAGAUGACGCUGGUGACAACUGGAGGCUGAAGAUGAGCAACCUGAAGAAGGUCCUGCAGAGUGUAGUUGAAUAUUCUCAGGAUGUCUUAGGCCACCAAGUCUCUGAACAUCUACUGCCUGAUGUGGCCCUGGUUGCAGAGCUGUCUGACACAGCUGAACUGGGCAAGCUACUACAGUUGGUGCUAGGUUGUGCCAUCAGCUGUGAGAGGAAGCAAGAUCAUAUCCAACAAAUCAUGACUCUAGAGGAGUCUGUGCAGCAUGUUGUUAUGACAGCAAUACAGGAGCUGCUGACCAAAGAUUCAUCGGACACACUGAACUCGGAGACGUAUGGGAACUUUGACAGCCAGUCCCGGAAGUAUUACUUCCUUAGCGAUGACCUCGAAGAGACAGAUGACGUGCGUCAGCGUUGUCAUGAGCUAGAGCAGCAGAUCUCCAUCCUGGCGGAGGAGAAGAAUACGCUGGUGUUGGAGAACAAGACCCUGAGGGAUCAGAAGAACGCUCUGGAGUCGGAUGCUGCUGGCCUCACUGGCAAGAAGUUGCUUCUGCUUCAGUCCCAGAUAGAGCAGCUGCAAGAGGAAAACUUCAGGCUGGAAAGUGGCAGGGAUGACUUCCGAGCCCGCUGUGAAGAUCUAGAGAAGGAGGUGCAAGAGCUGCAACACCGUAAUGAGGAGCUGACUAGCCUGGCCGAGGAAGCCCAAGCGCUGAAAGAUGAAAUGGAUGUUCUGCGCCACUCAUCGGACAGGGUGGGACGGCUGGAGGCCAUGGUGGACUCCUACAAGAAGAAGCUGGAAGACCUGGGUGACUUGAGACGGCAGGUUCGACUGCUUGAGGAGCGGAACACAGUCUACAUGCAGCGCACUUGUGAACUGGAGGAGGAGUUGCGGCGUGCCAAUGCUGUACGCACGCAACUGGAGGCACAUAAGAGGCAGGUGCAGGAGCUGCACAGCAAGCAUGCAGAGGAGGCCUUGAAGGCAGAGAAAUGGCAGUUUGAAUUCAAAAACCUCAAGGAAAAGUUUGAAGCAUUGGUAAAAGAGAAAGAGAGGCUGAUUGAAGAACGGGAUGCCCUCCGGGAAGCCAAUGAAGAACUGCGAUGUGCUCAGGUGCAGCAAAAAUUCCUAAGCCAAGCUGAUACCAUGCUAGAAGAAAUUGCUUCUCCUGUGGACAAUUUGGCUGCUGAGAUCAUGCCAGCGGAACUCAAGGAAACCAUUGUGAGGCUGCAGCAUGAGAACAAGAUGCUGUGUGCACAGGAGUUGUCAUACCGAACACAGCAGGCUGAACUGCAGAGCUUGCUGGAAGAAUCAAACCGGACCAAGAACCAGCUGGAGGCACAGCAAAGACUGUGUCAGCAGCAGGUCUCAGAGCUGAAAGUUCAAGUGGAAGAGCUCCAGAGGGCCCUCCAGGAGCAAGGGAGCAAGGCAGAGGAUUCUUCUCUGCUGCAGAAGAAGCUGGAGGAGCAUCUAGAAAAAUUACAUGAGGCUCAUGCAGAGCUGCAAAAGAAAAAGGAAUGUCUGGAUGAGCUGGAGCCCAAAGUGGAUACUACUACCGCCAAGAAAAUUGAUGAACUACAGCAGUCAUUGAAGAAGAAGGAUGAGGACAUGAGAGCCAUGGAGGAGCGAUACAAGCGCUAUAUGGACAAGGCCUGCACAGUCAUCAAGAAGCUAGAUCCCAAGCAGCAGCCUCAUGCUGUUCCCCUGGAGAUCCAGGCUCUGAAAAACCAGCUACAGGAAAAAGAUAAGAAGAUAAACUAUCUGGAGACUGAUUUUGAGAAGGCAAAAUCUCGACAGGAGCAGGAAGAAAAGCUCAUCAUUUCUGCGUGGUACAACAUGGGCCUGGCAUUGCAUCAGCGAGUCACAGAGGAGCGAUCAUCCACCACUACAAACGUCCAGUCCUUCUUGGCCCAGCAAAGAUUGGCUACCAACGCUCGACGAAGCCACCUGAGCAGGGCUCAGCCCUUGCUGCUUCGAUACACUGGCCCUGACAAGGCUUCUCCGUUGUCCUGAUCUGGCCAAGCUGUUCUACGGCUCUGCUGGUGAAUGUUCACUUUGGGUGUAGUACUCAAAGUAAGUAUAGUCUGUGUCUCAUGCAAUAGCAUCUCCUUGGAGAAAGUCAAGUGUCAAUCUCACUGUUGGAAUUAAUUCAUGCUCUGCUGUUUAAGAUUCCUCCUCUGCCAAGCCUUGGUGCUUUGGGGUGUACAUUGAAGAGUCAUGGGCAGCAGAGGCUGAAUCUUACCUAGUGUAUGCAGACCUGCAUACUCCCCCCCACCCCCGAGUUUGGGUAUCUGGGAUGGGGGAAAUGCGCUGGUUGAUGGGCAGUACCCUUCAUUGCCACUGCUUACCUAUCCUCCUCAAGUUCUGGUUUGUAAGUGGCUUGUGUAUCUUAAAUCACUCCUCCUUUGAGGAUUUCAUCUUUGUGUGCACCAACCAGGGCUGUCCUCGACUGCUGCGAUCUCCCCCACUCUGAUGGAUUCUAUGAAGGUGCUACCAGGUGCUGAGUAUAUAAAGAUGUGGCUGCUCUGAUCAGUCCCAUGUGCAGUUUCAGAGGCAGCACCUUGCCUCUCUUUCCCCUUCCCUGUUUUCCCUGCAGCUGUCUGCUGAGCCUGAGGCACACCUGCCAGAACUUUGGCUGCUGGCUCAUGGCUCCUUUCCAAGAAGGGACUGGACUUGAAAAACAAUCCACACUGAACUGACUUACAAGAGCUUACAGUCCUGCCCAUUAAUAGGUUACAUGCACACUGUCUUCACAGCAAUAUUUUGAGUCCUUUUGUUUCCCCAAGCGUAUGUCUUUUUCCAGCUUGUAUGCCUUCCUUUUUUGGAUUAUGUUUCCAUUCUGGUGGGAAUUGUGAGACGCAGUAUACUUUUUAAACCUGUUCUUUAAAAGUUUUGAUUUUUAGUAAAAAAUCAUAGUUUUAAUGCUGUAAAUUAAACCUUUUGUAAAGCUAUCUUACUGGUCCAGGCAGGCAUCUCUUUAUUUUUCUAUUGAAUAGAUGCCUGAAUUACAAUGAUACAGUGAAAAUGUUGAAAAACUUUACACUACAAAUAAAAACACUAACAUA